AUGAAGAUCCAGAUCCUGUUUCCGCUUACCGCAGUGGGCCUCGCCUUCGCUAAACCAAUUCACAACCUCGGGGAGCGCAAUCCUACUGAAGACACCCUCACGUGUGUCAGGGAUGGUGUGGAGGCAGAAUUUCAGCGCGCGUGUGAGAACGCUGUUGACACAUGCAGAGACGGUUUGUACGAGCUGUCCGAAUUGAGAUCAUGUAUAGACACAGCUACUACCGAAGCCGCCGAAAGUUCUCCAUUGAGAAUUCCCAUACGUUUCUUAACAGGAUAUAAGAGCUGUCUCGACCGCGCCCCUAAACUGGGAAAUCUGCAAUCGGAACAGUUGCAAAUUCUGCAGGAAGUGAUCCCGCAGAUUGAGAACAAUGUUUUGCCCGGCUGUAUUAAAGGAUUCAAUCUGAAUUGA